GUUAACGAAAUCGAGUGCGACACACUAAUGUCGUGUACGCUUCGUGUGGCUCGCCAGAUGUCGCGCACAGAUCAAGUGGACGAGCAAACAUGGUGAAGACGGCAGGCCCCGAUCUCAAGCGAUACAUGGACAAGCGGCUGAGCCUCAAGCUCAACGGCAACCGCAAGGUGUCCGGCGUGCUGCGCGGCUUCGACCAGUUCAUGAACGUGACGCUGGAUGAGACAAUCGAGGAAGUCUCGGCUACUGAGUCCAACCGCAUCGGCAUGGUGGUGAUUCGAGGCAACAGCAUCGUGCAGUUCGAGUGUCUCGAGCGGAUUUAAGCUUCUAACUUCCAGCAGAUGUGGCUUCAAUCUACAGUGAGCAAGCUAUGACGGUAGUAUAUUUCGUUUUGACCUCCUGGUAGUGUUGCCUUCCCUGCUACGGCUGUUGGUCCAGUGUGGCGUCAUGGCAGGAUAAACAGGGAGCUCCAAUAAUGUUAGACCCCGUUAUUGGUCAGAUCUCGCCACCUUCACGACCUCACACACUUCUACUCCGCUCUGAUCAAGCUGAACUGGUUGCGAGGCAUUCUAAUGAGGCCUAGUUAGCCCUGCGAAGGUCCAGUUUCAGUCCUAAUUGAUAGUUAAGAGCCAUGGUCUUUGCUAAUUCAAAGUAUGGAGAUCGAUAAACAGGAGUACAGAUUUCGUAGCUUAAAAAAUUGCGGGGCAUACCGCCGCCACGUCUAAUAGCGGCCACGGCCGCUGAAGCCACCCCUGCCUCCGCCGCGACCGCCUCCACGUCCGCCAAAGCCUCCUCCACGGCCUCCGCCACGUCCGCCGAAUCCACCGCGUCCUCCUCCACGUCCACCAAAUCCGCCACGGCCUCCACCACGACCUCCGCCGCGUCCACCACGGGCACCGCCACGUCCACCGCGUCCGCCACCACCUGUGGGCUUCUUGCCAGGCUUCUCCGUGAACCGGCUGAGCGGCAGCAGCUUAUCGGGGCUAAUGUAGACCUUGUCUCCAGCAUGGAAGGACGCGGCAGACACGCCUGUGUCGGGCUUGACCGUGAACAUGACCUCGUUAAUGGAGCCAAGGAUCUCGUCCACCUUGCCGAUGCGCGUCUUGUUCUCCAGGAAGGCACCUGCGUUGAAGUAGGGCACCUUGUCGUUCGUGCUCUUGUACACCAUCUCAUUCUCGCACGCAUGCAUGAAGGAGCCCAGUUCUGUAGUUGCAAUGAAAAGUAUGAAAUGUCAGUCGAAUAUCACAUGGUAGUUAUGUCCG